AAAAAGGAUUUAAAAAAGCACAUAGAAAACAGAGAUGGGAAGAAAAAAAUUAAAAAUCCGAAGAUUGGAAGACUUGAAAGCAAGACAAGCAAAAUAUUCGAAGCGUAAAACAGGAAUUCUGAAGAAAGCUAAAGAACUUAAUAUAUUGUGUGAAGUUGAUGUUGCCCUUCUAUUUUCUUCCCCAUCUGGUAGACCAACCCUUUUUGUUGGUCAAAAUUCCACUGGUUUAAGUAGUAUUCUUAAGAGAUUGUCGAAUAUGUCAUUCGAGGAGCGCGAGGAAAGGAGGGCCUAUACAAUAGAGAUGUUGAAGAAAAUUUAUGAAAAUUCGGAGUCAGAGUUUGAUCUAUUAAGCUUGCCCCAUGCCACAAAUGCUGAUACCCUCAAGUUGUACGAAGAUGAGCUGCAAGAGCUAAAGGAUAAACUUGUGGAAAAGAGCAAGAUACUAAGAGACUGGAGAAACCCAAAUAAUGUUGAGGACCUAAACCAAAUAAAGAUGAUGGAGGAUCAUCUUAUUGCAUCUCUUAAUGGACUCAGAAGCAGGAGGAAUCAAUUAGCAAUGGAGCAGCAAAUCAGAGAAAGAGAAUUAGAGGGAAAUGAGAACCUGGAAACUUAAACUAUGACUUCCUUCCAAAACUUGUGAUUUUUGUUAAUGCAAUGUUUUAAAAUUAUGAUAAAUGAACUCAUAAGAGUAUAGUUUUCUUUAUCAAAUAUGUGCCAUCUAAAUAUGUUCUUGAAUAAUAUGUCCUUGAAUGGGCUUUUAAA